GCGUGCGUCCACAUAUAUGUUUGACAUUUUGUUUGACAUUCUGAGUGCCUGGUUACAGAUGUUUGUAUGAGUAUAUAGGAGAUUUGACCAUUGUGUUUUGUAUGCCCCUAUCCCCAGAUAGUUAGUCUGACGAUACCGAUUAAUAAUAACAAUGAUUAAUGAUUCCAGAAGUCUGUACCCGUUUCUAACAUGCUCAGGUUCUUCUAAGCAUGUUAGAAACUAGGCAUGGCAUGUUAGCAUAUAGGGGGCUAAUAAACUACCACCCCACAGCGUCACACUCUGUGCUAAGCCAAUUACACUCAACCUCUCUCCUCUACAAUUAGCACACCUGUCAGAACACCUGUAAAAACCAGGCAUUCUGUACCUCACACAACAUACCUUCAAGCAUUCCUUUUGUAUGACAAGCUUAGCAAAUAAUAUUAGAAUCAAAUCAAAUAAAAACUUUGGAGUCUGUUUGGCUGUGUGUGUAGGCAGUGGCAUCACUCCGGUAGAGAAUAAAGAGAGAUUUCAUCAAGAGAAAAAAAAAAUCAGCAGAGAAAUAUGCUGGAGGAGGGGCAACAGAUAAAAAAAAAAAAAAAACUUAUGUGCGCACACGCAUACAAGCACACAAACGCCUGCAAGUGCACGGAACAGCCCUGCUUUGAAGACAUUCCCUCCCCGUGGCCAGACCAGAUUAUCCUGUUAUCCUGCAGCUUCCACGUUACAAACGGGCAUUUUUAUUCCAAGGUUAAGAUCUCAGUGCAGACCUAGCGCUGAGGGGCUACAGAGAACGGUGUUUCCUCAGCAGCUGUCUUCAACCAGGCAGCCUGAGAGUCUGGAAGCAAAACCUUAAACUACUGGACACUGCUGUUCCAUGCGAAAAGGGAGUAUUUGCUUUAUGAAAUGGAAAACAACAGUGAAUACCAGGAAAAUUUUCCAUAUGACUACUUUGAAGAGCCGUGUGAAACAACGAAUAACCGAAAAUUGGAAGAGGUUGUGAGACCGUUUGUGCAUUCUGCCAUUUGCGUCUUAGGUCUGCUGGGAAACGUCCUGGUGAUCAUCACAUACGCCUUUUACAAGAGGGCCAAGUCUAUGACGGACGUUUACCUGCUCAACGUGGCCUUUUCUGACGUGAUUUUCGUAGUGGCCCUCCCGUUGAUAAUCUACAAUGACCAGUACAACUGGUCCAUGGGCACGUGGGCUUGCAAACUUCUGCGCGGCAUUUACAGCGUCAACCUUUACAGCGGGAUGUUGCUGCUGGCGUGCAUCAGCGCCGACCGCUACAUCGCCAUAGUGAUGGCCCGGAGGUCUUUCAGGAUCCGCUCGCGAGCCCUGGUCUACAGCCGGGUCAUCUGCUUCGCCGUCUGGGUGCUAGCCCUCGGCUUGUCGAUCCCCACCUUGGUUUACUACGAGGCCUACGGUGACAGUCCCCCGUACUUUGACUACAACCUCACGGAGAUCGCUGCUGACGAGGACACCUCGGUCGGCCGGAGAGUGUGCUACUUCAGGUUUCAGGGGAACGAAACGGCACAGCUGAUGAAGGUCCUGGUCCCCAGCUUGCAAGUGUCCGUGGGCUUCUUGCUCCCCCUGUUGGUGAUGGGGUUCUGUUACUCCAGCAUCGUUGUCACGCUCCUACGCACCCGCAACUUCGAGAGGCACAAGGCCGUGCGCGUCGUCAUGGCCGUGGUGGUGGUCUUCAUUGUCUGUCACCUGCCUUACAACGUGGCCCUCCUGUACUACACGGUGGUCCUGUUCGAGCUACGGGAGUGCAGCCACGAGGACGCCAUAGCGAUGACUUUGACCAUCACGGAGACCCUGGCAUACCUGCACAGCUGCCUCAACCCCGUGCUGUACGCCUUCAUCGGGGUCAAGUUCAGGAACCACUUCCGCAAGAUCCUGGAAGACCUGUGGUGCAUUGGAAAGAGGUACAUCUCUUCCAGGCGAUUGUCUCGAGUCACGUCUGAAUUCUAUGUUUCCAGGAAGUCCACGGAAGGUUCCGUUAAUGAAAACGCAUCCUCUUUUACCAUGUGAAGUACGUCCCUAACUGAACAUAACUGUAGAACCGUUGUGUCGUUAAUAGGUAUUCUCACAAAUUUGGCCAUUCAUUUACUUGAAGACAUGUUAAGUUUAUUCCACUCUUUGGGCAGGAUUUAACCAACAUUUGUCCUUAAUUCUGACUCACAAUUAAAUGUGAGUUUAUGCUGUUUUAUUCACAAGGAGAAAUUGCGCUGCCAAACUGUUUGUGAGGGAAAAAGUUAAUUGACAUGAAGGAAAAAUUUACUGCACUUAGGUCAAUCCAUAUGGUGUGUGACCUAAUUUUUAUUGUGGAAUUUAAAUAAAUAGGUUAGAGAUUGUUUGAUUUUUGUAAGUUAUACGAUUUUUUAAAAUUCUGCAAGUUGGCCCCCAUUAUCCUUUCAAGAAUUUCACCAAGGAGAUCACAUAUCAAUGCCUUUGCAAUGAAUUAUGUGCACUUGAGACUUGGAAACGUGGGCAUGUCUGCAUAUUAUCUCUUGCAAGGUGCAAAAGUUUAAAAGAACAUUGACAAAGGACAAGCCUUCAUACAUGUAUAUGUAGUUUGAAAAACUAAACAUAAUGAAAAAUACCUAAGAGCAUAAAUGACAAUGUACAUAUAGGCCUAUGUUCCAUAUUAAUUUGGAGUCCUCUUCACCAGCUGUAUCAGUAGUAAUUUGCCUGAAUAGUGGGUGUGCUGUGUUGGAAAGCAGGCUUUACUAUAUGUAUCAUGUUCUUGGCAUUUGUAUUGUUGUGUGCAGAAUAUAAAAAUAGGUGUUUACAUUAUUAGGCUGCGCAUAUGAAUAUUAACAGUGUAUCUUCAAAAAGUAUGCAUUCUGUGAAAACUAUUCAUGUCAGUUUGGAUGCAAAUAGAGUCAAUUAAGGGUUGUUUAUGAGAAAGCAUGAAAUGACAAUAUCAUAUUUCACAAUGUUCUGCGUAGUUUGAAAAAGGAUUUUUAAUUCAUUCAUAUACACUUGUUAGCUUUAAUAAAUGUGUAUAUAAUAAUAAUGUAAUGGGCUUUAUCAUUGACAAAAAUAUAUUUUUGCCACUUUACAGUUAAACAUCAUUUAUCAUUUUUUAAAUUGGCAUAAACAUUACCAGUCAUUCAUAUUCAGAUGCAUUCAUGGCUUAGAUGUUUGAGUUAAACAUGCCAGACAAACUGUGUAAAAAUGUGUUGAUAUUAUACAGUAUUUGGAUUUAUUUGCAUAACUUAAUUGUAUAUAGGACAUUUUGCCUCUUAAAAAUAUAACUUAAUUAAAUAUAUUGAUGUAUUUUAUCAUUUGCUGUAUUCAGGCUAAUCACAGAUUAUAAAUUUGAUAUGCUUGUAUAUUUUUUCUGGUGAAUAAAUGUUACUUUUAAAA